AUGGCCUAUAAGAUCCCAGUUGUUUUGCUAAUAUUACCGGUUAUCGUGGCUGUUCUUCUCUACCAACUCGAUACCUUCGAUCCGGUUCCAUAUCCCGACCACGAGUUGACUCCAAAGCAGCCCCUGUUUGUGCCUAAGAGAAACAGUCACAUGCUUCAUGGCUCAGAAAAAAUCGGGGUUGGUCAGCUGCUGGGCCCAGAAGAUAUAGCUUAUGAUCCUAUCACAGGAGUUAUAUACACCGGUUGUGCCGAUGGGUGGAUCAGCCGAGUUAUGGUUAACGAGUCAGCAGCUGACUCGAAGGUGGAGAGAUGGGUCAACACCGGUGGCAGACCACUUGGACUUGUUCGUGGACAUCAUGGUGAACUCAUCGUAGCAGAUGCUGUAAAGGUUAGUGAAACAAUUUGA